ACCUUGGGGACCACCUCCCGCCUAUGACGCGGAAGCGAGGAGGGCGAAACGUGCCGAGCGCAUUGCACUCGCCGUCCUUAUGUGGGCAAAGUUCAUGGAGGGAUGGAACGAUGGCACAGCAGGUCCACUACUGCCAACUAUACAAAGGUUUUACAAGAUCGGGUUCACGGUCAUUUCUCUAAUAUUUGUUUUUGGCUGCACUGGAUUCAUAUCGGGGGCUGUAGCAAAUAUCACCCUCGCAUAUAAGCUCGGAUUCGGAAAAGCAUUAUGUAUAGGCGCACUAUCGCAGCUGCUUGCAUAUUGCAUACAAGCAUUUGGGCCCCCUUUCCUCGUGUUCGCUUUAGCGUAUAUCUUCUCUGGUUUUGGAAUUGCCCUUCAGAAUGCCCAAUCGACCUGCUUCGUUGUUAAUCUUAAUAAUCAUAGUGCAGCAAAAAUGGGCUUGCUACAUGCAUCCUACGGAACUGGAGCAUUAGUUGCUCCUCUCGUUGCCACACAGUUCUCAACUAUGCGGCACUGGUCAUUUCAUUUCUUAGCAUCGCUGGGAGGAGCAGCUAUAAACGUACUCUGUCUGUUUCUCGUUUUCAAACUCCAGCCGUUAAAUACUAUUCUUGAGACCACGGGCCAGACUGUCCGUCAGCAGACGGUAUCACAGGAUAAUCACUAUUCGCAAAUACUAAAGAUGAAGGUCGUGCAUCUCAUUGCGUUCUUCAUACUCGCUUAUGUAGGUGUGGAAGUGACAAUUGGUGGAUGGAUAGUUACUUUCGUGAUCAACGAGCGAGGCGGUGGCGCUUCCUCUGGGUACCUCUCGUCAGGAUUUUUUGCAGGGCUGACUCUUGGACGAAUCUGUUUACUUUGGCUAAACAAAGUGAUCGGUGUAAGACGAGUUAUUUGGUUAUACAUCCUUCUCUCAAUCGGCCUUGAGAUAACCAUCUGGUUCGUCCCUUCACUCGUCGAAAACGCUAUAGCAGUAGCAUUUGUCGGGUUGUUCCUUGGUCCUAUUUAUCCAAUUGUUAUGACUCUAACUGGUCAUCUUGUACCAAACUUGCUGGUAUCUGGAGCAGUUGGAUGGAUUGCAGUGAUAGGUCAAGCAGGGAGUUCACUGCUUCCGUUCAUCUCAGGUGCAAUGGCGUCAAAAUUCGGCGUCAUGAGUCUUCAACCUUUAGUCGUGACGGUCUUAGGCGUCAUGGUUGGCUUGUGGGCUGUGGUUCCACCCGAUCAGCACCACUCAGAUUAACAAG